UCGUAUUACCACAGAGAUGGAGGAACACGGUAAAAGAAAAGUCGAAGAUUCGAAAAAAAAUAAUAACACUGAAGCGUCUACUUCACGAUCGAGCAAAGUAAGGAAACUCAAUCAUCCGAUGGAAAAUCCGCAAGACACUGUCACACAGAUAUUAUCUCACGAUGCACCAAAGGGAUCAAAUCUUACUCAGAAAUUAGUUUCCAUGUGGCUCGGUGGAUCUCAAGGUCGGGAUUCUUUGCUCACUCAAGAGGUACGAGAGAGUAUUGCUGUCAGGGAGAGUCAGCAAAAAUGUGCAGAAGCUGAGAGUCUAUUGGAAAAGAUUCAGCAAAAGGUACAAAGUGCCGAGGUUCAUAUAACCGACUUGACCAAGGAUCUCAAAUCUGAAAAAAAGACAAAUGCAAGGUUGAUCGAUAAAAUAAACUCAACUGCAGAAAUGGUGACAGUGAUAACGGAGCAUAUCAAUUGCGCUAUCGACACAUUGGAAAGGUGUCGACAACAGAAAGAUCAUUUGCACAAUCUUUAUGACAACAUUAUUCUUCGUCAAAUAGCUGAUUUGGCAAAUGUUAAAAAUCAUGAGGAGUCAUUGAAAACUCGAAUUUCCGAACUUCAAGCAGAAGUUGUUUCAUUGAAUAAGAAAUUCAAUGAUAUCCAAUCUUCCUGUGAGAACAAACUGAAACAGAAAGAGACAGAACUUGCUCGAGUUGCUGCAAAAUGCGAAGUUAUUCAGAAAAAUCUGGAAAAAGUCAUUGAAGAGAAGGAAGAAGUAUCGAGAGCAUUGGCGAUAAAAGAGAACUAUAAUUUUGAUAUCCAAACAAAGAUUUGUGCCUAUGAAAAUGAAGUGAAGAAUCUGACUACUCAAUUGACCCAAGUGUCAACCACUCUCGAAAUCGUGAACGAGAAAAAUUUGCAAUUGACGAAUGAGUUGGAAUGUAAAAUUAGCGAGACAUUAAAACUUGUUGAUGACUUGAAUCACUCUAAAACUAAACACUUUGAAGAAAUAUCAUCAAUGAAAAACAUGAAUCGCCAGCUCGAGGAAAAACUUAAUUGUGAAUACAACGAAAGAGAAAGUCUUAAACAGAAAUUGGACGAAACCAAUGAGUUGAAGAACGAGCUUGCUCAACAAUUGGAAAAGUUAAAAGACGACACGUCUCUCGAAAUCGAAGAAAUGAAAAAAAGACUCGAAUACGUGGAAACUGACAAAAUGCGAAUACAUGAAGAAGAUAAACAGAUGAUGGAACAAAUGGAAAGAAAAUACGAAGCUCAUGUAGAAAAAUACGAGCUUUUGCUCGCAGAAAUGAAGGCUCUGGAAAAUGAUCAUCGGAACGAAUUGUCUCGAAUGAACGAGUCAUCGAGCACGGCGAUUUCAAGUGCGAACGUAGAUGUGUUACGUCUGCAGAAGCAGAUCGAUACAUUGACCCGCGAAAAAGAAAAGCAAGAGAUUGAAUUGCGACGUGUCGAAGAUUUGCUGAUGCGGCAUACAAAAUCGGAGAUGCAAUUGAAACGACAGGUUGAGCAGUACAAAGACGAAGCAGCAGCACUCACGGUUACGAUGACAGUUGCAUCUGAACAGAAAAAACAGCAGGAAGCCCAGAAUCAGGAAAACCUUAAUAAGAUUAGAAACCUUGAGUUGGAGCUGGUCAAAUUGCAAUUUCAGCAGCCAAAAUGCAAUCAAAAUGAACCGCAAGUGCAAACGUCCGAUGGAGAGGAUCAACGAGACCGAGAACCUCUCCCAAGAAAAAGAACAGCUCCUUCGACCUACCAAAAAUCGAUACUGAAACGUGGACCGAAAGCUCGAAAAACCCGUUCUUCACCGACUUCGCCAAUUUUGCCAGGGAACCAGAGAAAAAUCACUUUUUUGGAUGUCAACUCCUCUUCAGACACGAGUCCAGUGAAAAUGUUUGUAAACUCGAACAUCAGCUCGUUUAAAAAUGAUGACGAGGACAUGUACGACACAAUUUCGAACAUUGAAAGAAGUAUAUCUCAACCGUUGCGACUCUCUCAAACGAAAUCGCAAAGUCUUUCUCAAACGCAAAUCAGCGGGAAGAAAUUCUUCAAGUCUCGAGCCAGUGAAUCAAAGUGAAUUUCAUAUGAAAAACAAAUAUUACGCCAUAUUCGUGUUCGUAAAUAACUGAUUGGAUAAACGAGUAAAAAUCAGGCAACAACUCUUUCAGUCGGUUUUUUUUGCAACUCAUCGUAAGAUAUCCCAAAACUUUUUAUGCUUCCACGUGUUUAUUUGUAUAGUCCAUAAUUAAAUAUAUGUGUACAUGUAGAAUCCGAAAAGGGCAACGGUAAUCAUCAAACUCUUGUGACACCUGGACACAGAAAUUCGAUUUUACGUUUCAUUCGUAUUUUAACUCCAACAAUGAUGGCUUCUUUUUUUUCACAACACGAUACGAGAAUUUUAGAGAUAUUAUUUAGGCAACGUGAGUUUGUAAGGCAAAACCGACAUAGUGUGAAACAUCGACGGUCUGAAUUUCUCUUUUUGAUUCUUUUUUCAUAAUCCUAAUCCUGUAAAGUUGGAAUUUAAAUCUUGCGUUAUCGGAAUAUCAAUUCAAAAUAUUGGAAUUAAAUAACACAUAAUUGAGUUCUUUUUGUACAUUUUUCGUAAUGUUUUUUUCACUCGAAACGUUUAAUGAACUUUAAAGACGGUAAACUAUGCGAGAAUAAGAAGCGUUUACAGGACGAGGAUCAAAUUCUAUUUUCUUUAAGGUACAUCGCUUUACGAAAUUUUUUGAAGUGCCUGAGAAUACAAAGAUCAUGAAACACAGAAACGUCAUCAAGGGAUUGUCGUUAUACAUUUUUGUUCUUGUGUAUCUCAAUUUCAAUCGUAUACGCGAUUAGUAUUGUGAAUUAAUGAUCGAUUUUAAAAACUGUUUUUGAGGACGGAGUGGAUUAUGUUAAUUGUUGAGAAGCGUUGUGUGGAAACUUGAUUCGGAAUCAAGUUCGACUCCGUUUUGUGAUACGCGUUAUACGCUUUUACAUUCGCAAUAACAAUCAAAUAUGAUUGAUUAUGUUCCUGAAUUGCGAAAGAAAUUUACACAAAUAAAAAUAACGAAAGAAAAACUUAAAAUUUUGACGAACUUCUUUUACAUCCCGAAAAUCACGAAAAACGUUGCCUCAGUCGAUAAAAAUAGAUUUUAAAAAACUUUCCGGAUUGAUUUACACAAUAAGCGAUAGAGUAUUCACGCGU